GCCUGCAAACACCUGUUGGGAUUCCUCAAGAAUGAAGAGGAACAGUUUAUCUGUUGUGAAUAAAAUUGCCCAGUGCCCACCAGCAGUCAAACAGCCCAAACUCGGAUUCUCCUCCUCACGCAGUCAGACGCAGACGUACACAGUUCUUCUAGACUGGGGGACUUUGCCUCACCAUGUAGUAUUCCAUAUUUUUCAGUAUCUCCCUUUAAUAGAUCGGGCCCGUGCGUCUUCUGUAUGUAGACGAUGGAAUGAAGUUUUUCAUAUUCCUGACCUUUGGAGAAAGUUUGAAUUUGAAUUGAACCAGUCGUCUACUUCGUAUUUCAAGUCCACUCAUCCUGAUCUAAUCCAACAAAUCAUUAAAAAGCAUGCUGCCCAUCUGCAGUACGUCAGCUUUAAGGUUGACAGUAGCACUGAGUCAGCAGAAGCUGCCUGCGAUAUCCUUUCCCAGCUGAUAAAUUGUUCUAUCCGGACCUUGGGCCUGAUUUCAACUGCCAAGCCAAGUUUCAUGAAGAUGUCCAAGUCUCAUUUUGUGUCAGCUCUCACCGUGGUUUUUGUCAACUCCAAAUCGCUAUCCUCCAUCAAAAUUGAAGACACGCCAGUGGAUGACCCUUCCUUAAAGAUUCUCGUGGCCAAUAACAGUGACACUCUCAGACUCCUGAAGAUGAGCAGUUGUCCUCAUGUUUCAUCCGAUGGCAUCCUCUGUGUAGCUGAUCACUGUCAAGACCUCAGAGAACUAGCCUUGAAUUAUUACAUCCUCAGCGAUGAACUUCUCCUGGCGCUGUCCAGCGAGACUCACGUUACCCUGGAGCAUCUGCGCGUGGACGUUGUGAGUGAAGACCCCGGUCAGCUCCCCUUUCACACGAUUAAGAAACAAAGCUGGGACGCGCUCACCAAGCACUCCCCUGGGGUCCAUGUCGUGAUGUACUUCUUCCUGUACGAGGGGCAGUACGAGACCUUCUUCCGAGAAGAAAUCCCGGUCACUCACCUUUACUUCUGUUGCUCCGUCAGCAAAGCCGUUCUGGGACGCAUCGGGCUUCACUGCCCACGACUAAUUGAAUUAGUGGUCUGUGCGAAUGGCGUCCAGCCUCUUGAUAAUGAACUUAUUUGUAUUGCCGAACGCUGUAAGAACCUAGCAGCCGUGGGCCUCAGUGAAUGUGAACUGAGCUGCGGUGCGCUGGUUGAAUUUGUCCGACUCUGUGGGCCAAGGCUGACCCAGCUCUCUGUCAUGGAAGACGUUUUGAUCCCCGAUGACGAUGGCUAUAGCCUGGAUGACGUGGCCACCGAAGUCUCUAAGUAUCUUGGGAGAACGUGGUUCCCUGAUGUGAUGCCUCUCUGGUAAUUUGCAACCAAAGAUUCUUCCCUUAUCAUUAUUAUUAUUAACCAAGAUGAAUCUGUUCCUUCUUGUCUAUGCAAAUGUGAAUGUUAGAUGCGUUGUCGAAAUGUUUUUGGUCAAUAUUUUAUAGUCUGCAAACUGUCAUCAUAGCUCGCUACAGAAACAUUUUGGGGGACAAAACGAUGAGGAAUUUGAAAGGCUACAAGCCUCCCUGAAUAGGGAGACGCCGUGUGUAGAUUACAGAAUUGAUGGGCUACAAACUGCAAGUGGAUUCUGGGGGAGCCCUGGACUCCCGGAAGGCGUUUACUUUCUCUUGCUUACAUAAGAUUUCUAAUACUGAGCAUCCUGUUAUAUCAUUUAUUUUAUCCCUUUAGACUAUCUUAAGGCUGCUAUUUCAUCUUGGUAUGAGUAUAUUUUAUAAAAUAUGCAGUAUGAAAACCCAAGCAAAACCCAAAUAGAGAUACAGAAGCUAGUCUUAAUAUAUUUACCAAGUGCUUAGCACUAAAGAGGACUGUCUUGUGUGUUAAUAAACAACUUCUAAUUUCUAAUGUACUUUGAGUGCUGCUUCAUUGUAUUAAGGGUGGAACAUGGGCACUCAGCUAAAAUGAAAUAAUAAUUGAUUUUGUAAAGGUACACACCCUGGUUAUGAAUUAAUUCACUGCAUGAUCUAGAUAAAACGAUGACUUGUGCAGGGAAGUCAGCAUUCACUGACCUACUACUGUGUAUCAAGAAUAGUAUCAGAUCCUUUGCACAAGUGAUCCCCUGAUUUUCUCAGGGACAGUUAUCACUCUUCGGUAGCUACCUCUAAGAAGGAAGAUAUGCAUAGUCGUUAAAGGCCUGCAGAGCCCUUCAAGACCCUGUUUUCUGAGCAUCUUCCAGUCACGGGGCAUCGGUGUGCAUGUUGUUCUCUAUGCUUAAAAUACUUGCUUUGUUCUCUCUGAUCCCUUCUCAAGCUGCCACUUCCUGUAGACAAGCCUGCUGUGAUGUGUGGCCCAUUUCCCCUCUCAUAAGGCAGUUCUCCAUUACAUAGGCUGCCUCUAUCAGCACUCCAUGACUUUUCUUUGUGGCACUUAGUGUCACUGUAAUGUGCCAGUGCCAGUGUACCUAUAUGAUGAGUAUCGGCUUAGUCUGUCACACUGUAAGCACCAUCAUGCAAGAUCGUGGUUACCACAUCAAAGGGAUGAUUAACAUGGAAAUAUACAUGUAAGAAUUGUUAAAUGAUAAAUGUUGUGUGUAUAUGUAUAUAUAUUUGUUGCAAUUAAACAUUAAACAAAGUGACAGUUGAAAAUCAAAA